GUAAUCUGAUCCUCUCUCUCUGUUUCCCCCUCCCACUCCUCAGGCUUUUUUAGGUGUUGCUGUUAGUUAGAGAUCAGAGACGCGGCACUAACCAAGCAACUUGACUUUCUAGCUUUGGAGUUGCCGAUUUGCUACCUCCCCCCUCUUUCUUCUCUCUCUCUCUCCCACCGGCUCCUUGCUCAUCUCCCCUGCCCCAGCCUGCCUCUCCCCUCUGAGAGCACAGCUCAGUACGGUCUGUCUGUAUCCCUCUCCCUUUCCCUCCCUCUCUCUGCAGCCGGCUCCGAGAUGGAAGUGUUAACCCUGUGCAUGGUAUUCGGUUUCCUGCUUACUCUCGGAUGGGCAGAGUUGAACACCGAGUGCUAUACUGCGAAUGGUGCUGACUACAGAGGCUGCCAGAAUCGAACCUCACACCAGGGGGGAAAGCCCUGCUUGUAUUGGAACGAAACCUUCCAGCACCCUUAUAACACCCUCAAGUAUCCCAAUGGAGAAGGCGGCCUUGGGAAUCACAACUAUUGCAGGAAUCCAGACAAUGAUGUGAGACCAUGGUGUUACGUUGCUGAGUAUGAAGAUGGAGUGUAUUGGAAAUACUGCGACAUACCAACAUGUCACAUGCCGGGCUACCUGGGCUGUUUCAAAGACAAUGGUGACCCACCACCUUUAUCAGGCAGCAGUGAAACCUCCAACAAGCUGACCAUCCAGACCUGUAUUAAGUUUUGCAGGAGCAAGCGAUUCAAGCUUGCUGGCAUGGAGUCUGGAUAUGCAUGCUUCUGUGGGAAUGAUGCUGAUUACUGGAAGCACGGAGAGGCGAACAGCACAGAAUGCAACCACGUGUGCUUCGGUGAUCACACCCAGCCCUGUGGAGGAGAUGGAAGGAUAAAUAUCUUUGAUGCAAUGAUCGGGGCUUGUGGUGGGAAUUACUCGACGGACGCUGGCAUCAUUUACUCUCCGGAUUUCCCUGACAACUACGCCAGCAGCAGAGUAUGUUACUGGACCAUUCAGGUGCCAGGGGCAUCUCUCAUCCGGUUCGACUUUGCCCUAUUUGACAUCCGGGACUCGAGUGACAUGGUGGAGUUUCUGGAUGGCCGCAGCAAUGAUGUUCUCGCCCGGUUUGAUGGCAGGAACCGGCCCUACGACUCCCUGAAUGUGUCGGCCAGCUUUGUCAUUUUGUACUUCUACUCUGACCGGGUUAACCAAGCUGAGGGAUUCGCUGUCUUGUACAGAGCUAUUAAAGACAAUCCUCGCUCCCAGCCUCCAGUGAGCAAGAAUGAUAUAAAUACAUCAGAAAUGAUAACUGAGAGGGUGGGUCCUGGCACCAAUGCGGCAAGAUCAUCGAAGAUCCUCUACUUCAUUACAGCAAGCCCCAGCCAAUCGAACCAGAACAUGCCAGUGUGGACUAUCUAUGCCUUGGCAGCCUUGCUAACACUGACAGCGAUAGCGAUGGUUUCAAAGAUUCUUCUUCACCUGACAGUAAAGUCACGCCGAAUUCCCGCACAAGACAGCUCAGAGAAUUGUAGCCAGCCAUCUCCAUCUGAACCCUGGGUCAUCACCUAUAAACCCUCGACUAUUUUGUUCUUUAAGAAAAAACUGAAGAACCAGCAUGGCGAUCGGAGUCCACUUGUGGGUGACUAACUUACUGCACCAACAGAGGACUUCACACCCCAACAAUCUCCGCCUCUCGUCUUCAACCACGGAAACUGCUUUAAGUUAUCUUUCAGUUGCAACAUCCAGCACUUUGAUACCUCAGCGUGGAGGUGGCUUUAAUCUCACUGAAUUAAGCACUUCUCACAGAUACACGCACUCGCGCAUGCUCAUUUGGACCACCGCAAGACCAGUUGGCUGACAUCUCCAAAGGCAAGAGCUCAGUAAAACUGAACGAUCUCGGCUUUUGUGUGCAACACUCUUGCAGUUGAACAAGGGUGAGACUGUCACCAGCAUGAGACUGUACAUUGUAUCGACUGGAAUUCUCUUGGGGUCUAAUAAGGGAAAGACACUUCACUUGACUUUCAGAAUCCUCUUGGAUAUAGAUGCAGUUCGGAUAGUGAAUUCAUUCUUCUGUGGGUGACUCUUCUACUGUGUUCAUACAGCCCUUCAAGCCAUGCUUGUCUGCACGAUCUCAUUGAGCUCUACGGGUGAUUUCUUAACAGUUGCGGAAGAGUGAAAACCUUAACUUUUUAAAUUAUCAAAUUUGAUUUGCAACCACAUUGCAGGUAAGGACCAGAAGGAACCAUGUUCUGCUUGGCAGAAGACCACUGGAAAAUUGACAGUGAAUAGCAAGGUCCAAUUCAGCCUCCAAAGGCUUCACCAGUGUGCAGCAUCACAGAGCCAUUACUGCGAGGGUGAAGAAUCAUGCGAAGGAUUCAGAAAUAGGCUCACUUGUAUAACUCUGUCCUGGUAAUCUAUUGGCUAUAUUCAACUCAGAGUGGGAGUUUGCAAAUUCUAAUGUGGGAAUGCCAAAGUUCCUUGUACUAAAAUGAUGCUCAGUUGCUAAUACCAGAGUCUAAUCACGUAGGAUGAACAUGCAGGGCUGACUGAGCUGGGGAUGGUUCUGUUUUGUUGGGGUUUCCUUCAUUCAGUCAAAGCUAAACCUUAAGCAAGCCUCUCCUGCCUUUUCAGAAAAGCUUAAGUCCAAAAGAAGUAUCCUCAUGCAUGUGCGGGAUUUCACUUGUAGUUGUUUUUACUUGUUUGUUUUUGUUUCUGUUGUUUAUAUCUCUGUCAGGUACUCUUCAGAAUGCUCAGUUACCUGGCGUGGUGUUGGGCUGUGACCUGAUCUCAGUUUUCUGCCAGCCCUGCUGUAUAACUACUGCUAGAGACUGAUAAUAUUUUUUUUUAAAAUUCAAACCUCCAGCUGAUAGGUGAAGUAAUGGCAGUCAAAUACAUUUACUGUAAGAAAUGACUAUAAACACAAUUGACUAAACACUAUUUUCUUUUUGUCCUAAGUUACAUAUUAAAAUACAGAUAGAAAGAUUCCGUUUUAUACUUAUCACGCAUUACAUUCUCCAUGGAAUCACAUUCCUUUUAUUAAACAAUACACUGUUGCUUCUAGCCUUCGAUGAGAUCGGGUAUUGUCAGUCCAUUGAGGAAUACCUUUAAUUGACUGUCUCCGGGCAUUGCCUUAGCUUUUCUGGUGACUUUCCACCACCACCAGUAAAGCCUGUUCUAAUUAUUCAUCAUCUCUUUGGCCGUGCCAAAAUAGAUCUCCCAGGGUUCAUUUCUUCAACUGGAGACCAUCUCCCUCUCCCAUCUGGCAAGAGUAAGAUGCAUAAUCAGGUGACCCUUCUGUCUGCUGGCCACACAUAAUCUCUACCUGUCUGAGAUUUUACUGAUUUGUAAAGAAGCCCGAAACCUGAUCUGAAAAAUAGAUUAUUUAACACUCUUCCCGAUUCUAACAUGAAAGCCAUAAUCUGAUAUCCAAUGACAAGUGUUAUUUAGGUAUCUUUGGUCCCAACUCCAAUUCAUCUUAAAACUCAAUAGGCAGUCUACAGCACCUUUUACACUGAAUCCCUACAAUACAUUUUUGGGAUUGUGUGGAGACCCAAGCUCAGUGCAUUGGUAAGUACAAGGCCUGGUGCCAUGGUCUCCAAGCAUGAACGCCUUGCACUGUCUUUUCUUAUUAAAACAAUCUAAACCCUCCUUUAUGUCUUUAACAAUCAAGCAACCAGUGCUCACUGUCAGCUGGACUGCAGAGAUGUUUGCAGAACCAGUGACAUGUUGUGCAUCACUGGGGUAGUGUACUGAAAAUCCAUCCCCACUGUUCUUGGAGUUAUUAUGAAGGAUAAGGUUUUGAAAACUACGCCGAAUUGUCCAUUUCACCUGUCUUUUAGACAGAAGGCAUGAACCAGGUUUCUGUACUUAAUAAGAAUGACUAUUUAUUCCAAAUAAAUAGACCUUAGUCAUAUUAGUCCACUCAACUAAUUAAAGCCCUCACUCUCUUGUUAACCCCCCCCCCACUUACACACAAACAGACAAAUGCCAACAGAAGAAAACCGUAGAUGUUAUGGGCAGGGAGAAAAACUGGGAAAACAGUUCAGUGGCUCCUGUUCCCAGGAUUUGCUGAGAUGUUUCUUGUGCUGAUCAGAAUGUUAAUUCCUGAACUUCCUUCUCCGGAUGCUUCCACUUGUUUUCAGGAGGCUCCGGAUAAGUGGGUCACAAGUAUGAAGUGUUCACUUUGACUUAUUUUAUUUUAGAUUAGAUUACUUACAGUGCGGAAACAGGCCACCGUGCCGCCAAAGGCCACUGUGCCGCCCACAAGCUACAGUGCACAGCAAUUGCUGACAGAAAAAUAAAUUGAGUUUCUUUAGGCUUAAACUGGUUUACCUUCAGAGAACAGAGACAGUUCUUGAGGAGAUCUGAUAGCUCCUCACCAUUUUGGUCACAGUCCCAAGACGUGCAACUACCUGAUAAUGGCACCAGUGUCUGAGUUUACCAUACACAGACCUUGGGUCUCCCCAGAGUUCCAUCAUUCUUGGCAAGUAGAAGGCCUUUGUCAUUGAUACCUGGUCAAAGACCAAUCAGCUGCUUGUUGCUGGUUGAAUCUCCAUUUGUAGAUACCCUCAGAUCCAGCUUGCCUGCAAACUAAACUUCAGCCACUUCUUAAACAAGCAGCUCUAUAAUCAGCACUUACAAUAAGCAUCAGGUUACUUACUUGCACAAACUACAGCAACCCUUGAACAACCCUUGCUUUUUAAAACAGCUAAUUUCCCAAGUCAGUCACAAUCAAAAAUAUAGAACAGCCACAGUCUUUACACACGAUUCCCUUCAUUUACUUUAAAGCUAUAAUCGUAAAACAUAAAAACCUUAUAAACCUUGCAAUUCUAGCACCUCCCCGUUUUGAUGAGUUUUCAUAAAUGUUAUUAAAAUAUAACUACAUAACAUAUUUCAAACAUCACCAACUAAAUUAUAAUUAACUUACCACAUAGAAUACAAGUAAUGUUCUCUCCUUAAGUUGUCACAUUGUUUACCAAACAGUCCAACAUGAUGGCUUCAUGGUUUUUAAGAUAUAUCAAAUUAAAUACAUGUAACAGUAAAAUGUAAAGCUCCUUUUCCAGAGAGGAAAGUCCUUCCUCUUAAAUAGCAGAGAAAUGGCUAUGUUGCCAAUAGCCCUAUCCCAUGAUGAUUAAAGUUCACAUUGUUAUCAUGCAAUAUUGGGCUCCUUAAUUCAUUCCUAUUCUCUGUACUGUCCUUUUCUUUAAGAAGCAUUUGUCUUUUCAAUCUUUCAAUUCCCUUCAUUGUCAUUAGUGUUCUCUUCAUUGUCUCUCCAGCUCCUCUGUGGGCUUGCAAAAACAACAAUUUGUGCCUGCAGGUUAGUCCAUGUGCCUAUGAGUCUGUGCAUUAGCUUAAAACCACAGUGUCCCUAAUUUUAGAAACAUCAUAGUUGUAGAGUCAAACAGUCAUUGUCAUUGUCAUACAGCAUGGAAACAGGCCCUUCAGUCCAAGUGGCCGUGCCAAUCAGAGAUCCCAAUCUGACUCAAUCUGUCCCAUUUGCUAACAUUUGCCUCAUAUCCCUUCCAACCCUUCCUCUUCAUGUACCCAUCCAAAUGCCCUUUAA